AUGGCCAGUGCGCCGCAAGUGAUGGCCCAGAAACAUGGCCUCCCGUUGCACGCCCUCAGCUCGGUGUGGCGGUGGUGCGCCACGCCGAGAGGGCCGACGAAGCGUGGGACUCCCGCUGGCUGCAUACCGAGGACCCAUGAGAGCAAGCGGCACCCCUUCGACCCGCCCAUCACCGCCAAGGGCUGCCAGCAGGCCGAGCAGGUGGCGCGGGUGCUCUACGGCGCCGGCGGCUUCCACAGGGUCGUGUCCUCACCGUACCUGCGUUGCGUGCAGACGGCGCUCGUCAUCGCCGAGCGGCUGGACCUGCCGGUGGAGCUGGACCACGAGCUGGGAGAGAUCUACGGGCCGACGAUCUUCGGCCAGGACCUCCUCGAGCCGGCGUCCCGCCCAUGGCGGUCCCACGAGGAGCUGAAGCGCGCGCUGGGAGACCUGCUGGGUGCAGGCCACCCGUCGCUCGCGCGGAUCUGCCCGGACAGCCUGGCGGGGCGGAUGCCGCAGUGGCCCGAGGCGCCCUGCGAGGCCCGCCGGAGGUGCGCGAGCUCCUUCCAGCGGUACGUGCAGCAGGCACGCGAGACGGAGUGGGGCUGCGUUCUCGUCUCCCACACGUACAUGGUGCAGGCGUCCCUGUCCGCGUUCCCUCCAACUUCCGCUUGGACGUUGGCUUCGAUCGGCUACUGCGCCACGUUAAUGUGCCACUUCCGAUCUCCUGCGACAGAGGACGCCGGGGCAGAGCCCGAUCCGGCGGCGGCGGCGGCGGCCGUGCCGCAGCAGGAGUGCGGCGAGGAGGCUUCCCCGGACUUCGACGUCGUCAACUUCCGGACUCUACACGUGAAGGUCGCUGACCAAGCGGGGUCACCACGACGCCUUGUCGCCAAGGCGCGCUUGGACCAGGGCUCGCGGCGCGCCUGUGAGGAGAGCCUGGUCAAGGCGCGCGGGUGCGGUGAGAGAUCGGACCUGGGCUCCGUCCGGUCCUGCGCGCUCUCGGCCCUGCGGCGGCGUUCCGACCUCGCCGUCCUCGACGUCGGGGGCUCGUCUCUGGCGAGGCGCCGCGGCCUGGAGCCCCCCAUGGGCAAGUCGCUGUCGGAGAACCCGGGGGGCUCGUCCCUGGCGAGGCGCCGCGGCCUCGGCCUCGGCCUCGAGGUGCCCAUGUGCAAGUCGUUCUCGGAGUAG